AUGACGUCAGAGGUCUAUUGUAGCAAGCUUUUCCCUUUGGUUAUCUUGCUGGUCGUUGUGAUCAUGUGCAGACGCGUCUUUUCGGAUGUACCCAAGAUAAACAGGGAGGCUAAAGGUACCGCACGCUUUGUCGUGAAGCAAGCACCAGUUUCCGGUGAACCUGAACAGCCUGUCGAACAGCCUGUGGAAGAGCAGGCACCGGUUUCCGAUGAACCUGAAAAGCUUGUCGAAGAGCAAGCACCGGUUCCCGAUGAACCUGAACAAGCUGAACAGCUUGAGCAGUUUGAACAGCUUGUCGAAGGGCAAGCAUUGAUUUCCGAUGAACCUGAAGAGUUUGUCGAAGAGCAAGCACAGUUUGAACAGCUUGUUGAAGAAGAGCAAGCACAGUUUGAACAGCUUGUCGAAGAGCAAAGCACAUUGGUUUUGAAACUUGACAGCUUGUCGAAGAGCAAGCACAGUUUGAACAACUUGUCGAAGAGCAAGCCAAGCAAGCAAGCACAGUUUGAACAGCUUGUCGAAGAGCAAGCACAGUUUGAACAGCUUGUUGAAGAAGAGCAAGCACAGUUUGAACAGCUUGUCGAAGAGCAAAAAGAAGCACAGUUUGAACAACUUGUGAAGAGCAAGCAGUUUGAACAGCUUGAAGAAAGCAAACAGUUUGAACAGCUUGUUCGAAGCUUUGAAGAAGAGCAAGCACAGUUUGAACAGCUUGUCGAAGAAGAGCAAGCACAGUUUGAACAGCUUGUCGAAGAGCAAGCACAGUUUGAACAGCUUGUUGAAGAAGAGCAAGCACAGUUUGAACAGCUUGUCGAAGAGCAAGCACAGUUUGAACAGCUUGUUGAAGAAGAGCAAGCACAUUGUCAAGAAGAAGAGCAAGCACAGUUUGAACAGCUUGUCGAAGAGCAAGCACAGUUUGAACAGCUUGUUGAAGAAGAGCAAGCACAGUUUGAACAGCUUGUCGAAGAGCAAGCACAGUUUGAACACUUGUCGAAGAGCAAGCAUUGGUUUCCGAUGAACUUGAAGAGUUUGUCGAAGAGCAAGCACAGUUUGAACAGCUUGUUGAAGAGCAAGCACACUUUGAAGAGCAAGCACAGUUUGAACAGCUUUGUUGAAGAAGAGCAAGCACAGUUGAACAGCGUUGUUGAAGUCGAAGAGCAAGCACAGUUUGAACAGCUUGUUGAAGAAGAGCAAGCACACAUUGGUUUCGAUGAACUUGAACAGCUGUCGAAGAGCAAGAACAGUUUGAACAGCUUGUUGAAGAGCAAGCACACAGUUGUUGAAGAGCAAGCACAGUUUGAACAACUUGUCGAAGAGCAAGCAUUGGUUUCCGAUGAACUUGAACAGCUUGUUGAAGAGCAAGCACAGUUUGAACAACUUGUCGAAGAGCAAGCAUUGGUUUCCGAUGAACUUGAACAGCUUGUUGAAGAGCAAGCACAGUUGAGCUUGUUGAAGAGCAAGCACAGUUUAGCAGCUUUUGAAGAAGAGCAAGCACACUUGUUGCAAGCUUGA